AUGGUUACGAAUAAUUCAUUUAUCAACAAUCCACUUCUUUCCAACGAUGCAAAAAGAGAUCAUUUUAAGGUUUUUAUAAAGGUCAUUGAUCAUGUAAUUUUGAUUAGAACAUUAGAAUAUUUUGUAUCAGAAUAUGAAUAUGACACUAAAUUAAAAAGCUUUUGCCGCUCUGUUUUUGAUCAGCAACAUGAAUUUCUUUUGAAUAUGGCAAGCUGUACGGAUGAUACUAACUUAAUAAUGAUCGACUUAGUCAACGUUUUGAAAUUAAUUCAUAACUUCAAACCGAAUAGCUAUUCUAAUAUAAUGUCAUCUCAAUUAAUUUGGAUGUACUGUUUUACAUCAAAAUGUUUGCCAUGCAAUUCAAUACAUCUUAUUGACCUGAAACUUCAUAUUUCAGUUAUUGCUAGCAAACUGCUUUGCUAUUGUGGUCACGGUGAAGCAUCGGAAGCCCUUGCAAGGAAAUCACUGGUUGAUUUUGCUGAACUGCUUCAAUUACGAAAUCAGGAGAAAAGCUUAGUAUCAAACGCAUCUACUACUAUAUUUCAUGUAGCCGCUAUUGAACUUUCUUCCAUUGUGUUUAAACGAUCAGUCUUUGAAUCACGUAAACGUCCUCAAGGUUAUAAUCGCCCAAAAGUAAAGGUUGAAUUUGCUACACUAUUACAGCAUUCAUGGCCUCGAACAAUUACUGAACGCUACCUAAAUCAGUUACUUCCAAAUCCAUCUGCUCAAAUAUUAGCUAUUUUAGAAGCAUUAAGUUUAAAACCUGGAGAAAGAAGAAGUUUGAUUGCACCAAAACCACCGGUAGAUUCAUCUGACUGGGAAAUGUCUGACGUUUAUACGGAACUUUUUAUUGCAGCACUUGAAUUAAUUUAUCCUAAUUCUUCAAAAAAAUUGAUUCCUAAUUUUUUAUCUGGAACACAUGUCGUGCGUAAAAUACCAGUAGAUAGAGAAAAAUCUUAUGGCACUUUGACAAAUCAUACAAUAGCAUUGAAUCAGACAAAAUGUUUGAGAUGGAGUCAACUAGAUUUAAUAUAUUAUCAAUAUAAUUAUCAUGACUUUGCUGAAGAACUUGAAGAAACAAAAGAAUCAUUAUCAAAAUCAAAAACAAAAUCUUCACCAAUUGUAACUACAAAUGUUAGUUGUACAAUAGACAGUUUGAUGAAAUUGAUACAAAUUUAUUUUGCAUGUGCUCAAUUCGAUAUUUUCGAUUUGAUUUCAAGAGAUACUUUGUAUAUUUUUGAGGAAAAACGAUCAGAUUUAGUCAGAGAACAAUCACCUAAAGAAUUUAUACAAUAUAUUCAAGCACAAAUUGACACAUUGGAAUUACUUCGUGCUUUACGUUCUACACAAUUAUCAAGAAAAGUACUGAAUAAAAAUGACACAAGCGAAGGUGAAUUACAAGAAAUUCAAGCAUUUAAAUUAAGUAAAAGUCCAAUCAGACAACAGGAUGCAUCGAAUUCGGUAAUCGAAUUACUGGACAGUGAUAAAGAAGUAAAUCCAACUGGGUCAUUACAAAAUCAAACAUUAAUUUUAAGUUUUUUACCAAAAGGUGUUCUGAAAUUAGUACAAAAAUUAGAUAAUUUCUUUCGAAAAAAGAAUGAACUUCAGAUUUCAAUGUAUGAUGAUGCAAUUUUUAUAGAUACAAUUGUAGUAUUAUGGGAUUAUUGUUAUACAUUAUGUCAGAAAUGGUUUAUUCAGAACAAAUUGAAAAUGGAGUAUUUUGCCACAAUCAAAAUGAAGCUUAUUGGAAUUCUUUAUUUAUUUAAUCUCAUAAAAACCAUAUUGGAAUUGUUCAAUAUUGAUGCAGCCGAUGGUUUAAUGUCAUGUCAUCUCAUAUUUUAUAUUCUAUGGAUUAUGGAAUUAUUUGAACAGAAAUUAUUCCCUGGUCAUAAUUUCAAAGAACAGACAAAUAGAAAUUCCUUAUUAGAUUCAAUGCAUGCGAAAUUAUUAUUAUUGAAUGCAUUAACUUUACAAAUGAAACCAGAUGAUGUUUUUUGGGAGCCUAAUGAAAACGACAAGUCAGUCAUAUGUUUGAUUGAUGUUUGGACUACUAUAUGGAAUAAAUUAAUCGAUAUUAUUUACUGGUCACAUAAUACGAUUGGUAAAAGAAUGAUAUUUCUUCAAAUAAAUCAUAUUUAUAACAGUCAUUUAUUUGUUGGUGCAAUGAAAAAGUGUGAUCGUAUUCAGGAGACUAGUUUUAUACCUAUGAAAAAUUGUUUAUCUGAUUUCUUUAUUUACUAUGCUGUUGUGGGUCAUAUUAAUUGGUGUGCACAAAUUUUAACUAAAUACUUGCCUCAGAAUCUGGAAAUUAAUAGUCUUUCUGAGCUCCAAGUUGAAUUAUUAUGGUUCGAGCAUACAAUCCGAUGGAAGCUCCGAAAUUUAGAAUAUCUAACAUGGUAUGAUUUGAAUGAAGUGUCCAAAGAAAAGGUCGAUCAGAAGAUUAAACAAAUGGAUGAAAAUUCACUUAAACAAUGUGGUCGAAAUAAAAUUGCUAAAGUUUUUUACUAUUGUUUAAAAGCAGAAAGUGAAGUGAACAAUGAAACAGCUAAAAAAUAUUACCAGACUGCUGAGAAAUUAUUAUUCAAUAAUUGGUCAAAUGAACCUCAUUCUAAGGAGAGUAAUAAAGUUAUCAACUGCAGACAAUCAACUAGUUUGAAUGAACCACAUGAAAAAAUACCGGAAACCGAACAUUUGCAGUCUGAUCGACCACCACCACCCAUAGUGAUCGCUAGAUGUGGAAAUUCAAUGGUAUUUCAAACACAAAAGUGGACUCCAUCAUCUAGAGAACAGGUUCACUUCUAUGCGCUGUACGGUAAACAAACAUUUGUAUCCAAUCAAAAAGUUCACAUCACGGAUAAUAAAUUAACCAAUACUGGAGUUUUGGUCAUCUGUCAUAAUGGCUGUAGUGUUUUAAAAGUGACCAAUCUAACACCGAAUGAAGAAUAUGUCUUUGCUGUAGCAGCUUACAAUAAAGAAGGUCGACCGAUAGGAACACAUAAACAUGGUUUAGGUUACAGUACUAAACCAAUUUUAGCUUAUUCGUUGCUGUGCAAUUAUACGGGAUUGUGUCAUCUCCUACAGUCGGCGUUUCGACGUAAUUUAUUUCAAUGUCUCUCAGCUCAGACAAUUAAUAUGAUAUGGGAAUACUUAACGGAGAAAAGCCGCAUAACAGAUGAUGAAAAGCCAUCUCAUUUAACUGGUUUAAAAUUGAGAGAAUCAAAUAGUUUUCAAUGUACAAACAUAUUAUUGAAACAUCUAACAACAUGUGUGCUAUGGCACUGUUCAUUUUAUCAAAAGUUUGAAAAUCUACAUUUGAAAAAUUUUGGUAAUUACACUUAUUUGUUAGACAAACAAAUUCAAAAAAUCCAUUUAUCUGAAAAGUUGGUAAUUGGUUUGGAAUUAAGCGCUAAGCUAAAUGAUGUAAAAAUAAUGCUAGAUUUUGCUAAUCUAAUCUAUGAAACAUUGAGUUUUAACAUGGAAAUGAGUUCUGUAACGUACGACUAUGCUAAGAUUCUACUACAAUCAUUAACUAUAAUUCUUGGUGUUAGGAAAUGUUUGCCGAAAUUUCUAUUAUUAGAUGAAAUAUUAAAUAGGAAAAUUACUCAAAUAAUGAUUAAAUUUACAUUUGGAUUAAUCAAAGUUUUUGAAGUAUUGAACGAGCUUAAAGGUGUUGUUGUAAUAUUGAAAACGGUGAAAGUCACGUUAAACCAAUUAAUAAAAGGUACACAUUUGAAGAAUUUAAAUUAUAUAAAACCAAACUUUAAUCAGUCAGUAAAAAAACGAGUUUCUCAGGGGAAACUCAAUUCAAGUUAUUUAAUAGGACGAAAAAAAUCAAUACAGAACACCGAUCAAGUGGAUAAAUUAAACUCUGCCAUCAAAGUAAUCGAUGCUUACCAUCAUUUGGUUACAGCUAAAUUAAAUCCUCCAAAAGGAGAAUUAUUCGGUUACGAAGACCAAUAUCAAGCGAUUGCAUAUAUGGCAACCAAGCCAAUAAAAACAGCAAUUAAAGAUGUAAUGAAAUUUAAUCGGCGACCAAUAUUUUUACAACUGGUCAAUGUAAUUUUAGAACGACUUCAUGUCAGUCAAGUCAGUUUAAUGAAACCAUGUUUAAAUGAUGUAUGCACAUGGUUAAAUCAUCGUGAUCAAGUGCUUAUUAAAUCAUGUCAAUCUUGUGAAACAACAGAUAUGAUAAAAUUAAAUGAUAGUUUGAAUGCAACAAGUUUAGAUAAGAUAAAAUCAUCAGAAAUGAAUCACUUACUCAGUUUACUGACAGAUUAUUACUCACAGAAAAUCAGACGUAUGAGACUGAGAAAUGUAUGCCAAGAUGAAUGGAUACAACGUUCACAGUUCAAUCUAUUGCAGGCACAAAUUGAACAAAAUGAAUUGUUGGAGAAAUGGCAAACGAUUAUUGCUCAAAUGGAAACACUGGCAAAAAUGUAA